ACCACCACCUCCACCACCUCCUCCACCACCACCACGAACAGGAGAUUACAAUUCGCUGGGCGGGCCGUGCCAUGUCCGAGGCGUGGACCCUGAAGGAGAUGGAGGCGCUGGGUGCUGAGAAUAGCGACGACGAUGACGACGACGGAGGAGGAGGAGGAGACAAGGUCGUGGAGGACUCUCUGAGCGUCAUAAUCAACCAACUCCGCAACCUGGGACAGAGCGGAGGCGACGAGUCUGAGGUCUACAUCCAAAGCGCCGUCCCUCCGAGCCCGUACAGCACCCUGCCUCGCCAGUGGAGCCAACACCUCUCUGCGCCAGCCGGGCAGCCCCGGUGCAAGCGCAUCCUCACGUUCGCUCCGGACAUCCACUCGCAGCGGCAGGAGGAAGAAGACGCGUCGUGUUGCGUCAAAGCGGCUGAGCUCGGUCUCUCCAUGCCGUGCCAUUACUGCGUCGCCGACACCAAUUCGCCCAGCCCGGAGGAGCGGUGCGGCGACGGUGAAGACGACGGUGGCGGCUGCGGCGACGGCGUCACCGCCGCGGGCGACGUCUCUUACGGCGACGGCUGGUCGCCGGCGCCCGCCAGCACCCACGGGAGCUACGUGGCCGGGCGGCACGGCGGCAGGGGGGCGGACGCCGACGGCCGCCACCACCACAACCACCAUAACCACUACAACCACUACAACCACCAGCAGCAGCAGCAGCAGCAGAACCACAGUCAUCAGCGGCGGAGGCACGGCGACGAGGAGGAGGAAGAGUUGGAGGCGGGCCGACACCAUCGCUGGGACGCAGGUGGCCGUGACGACGUCCGCCACUGGAACCACGCGGGGCCCCCGCGGAGCUGGCGGCUGCUGGAGCCGUUCUCCACCUCGUCGCUCGAAGGAGACGACAGCUUCGAGCUGAUCCUGCGCGAGGCCGACGCCGACGAGAUGGCCACCGCGCGAGCCGCGCUCCACAAGAAGGAGAAGCGGCGGAGGGACGGCGACGGCGACGGCGACGGCGCCGACCGCGGCGCCGGCAAGCGCCGGCGAGGCUCCGGCCGCCUCUUCUGCUGCCGCCGCCGCCGCCGCCGCCGCGGGUCCGAGCCGGGAGGCGGAGACGGCGGAACGGGCGGUCGCGACGGCGGGCGGCGGUGCUGGCGCUCGCUGGGCUCGUGCGCGCUGGCGCUGCUGCUGGCGCCGUGCCUGGCGUACGCCGCGUUCGCCGCGCUGACGUGGAGCGCCGUGGCGCCGGGGAGCGCGGCCGCGCCGACGACGGCCGAGCGGCUGGCCUACGCGCUCCGUUGCGGCGCCCUCGCCCUGCUGCCGCUCGUGCUGGGCAUGCUGGCGGUGGGGCUGGCGCUGCUGCUGCGGGAGCUGCGUGGCGGGCCCGCCGAGACGUCCGCAGUGCGCGCCCAGCGCGCGUUCGUCAGCGACACGGCGCACCAGCUGCUGCUGCACCAGCUGGCAGCCCUCGUGCUCGCGCUCAACGUGGAGCCACACUUCCUGCCUCUCGUCCUCGUCAUGGCCGCACUCUUUGUGAUCUCACGCCUCGUGUUCUGGGCGACCUUCAGGAGCUGCUACGCCGGCUUCGGCUUCUGCCUGAGCUUCGCCCCGUCGCUCGCGAUGCUCUGCCACGCGCUCUACUGCCUCUUCACGCUGGGACCAGCCGGCCCGCACGGCGGCCUCGCCCCCGGCGACGGGGGCCACGGGGGGACGGGGGCCCGCGCGCCGCCAACCCCCCACGUGCCCCCGCAGGUGCAGUGGUGGGGCAGCUGAGCCGCCGGAGCCGGCCGGCGGCGCUAACCGGAG